CGACUCUCACCUCCAAAACCAUAUAAGUACUCACGCUUUCCAAUAUCCAUUUUAUAACAUAAGGAGCUCAAGCUUCAAUCUCUCUCUUUCUCCUCUUCCUUUGCCUCUCUGGGUCUGUGUCGCUCUCUCUCUCUUCCCUCUAUGGUUUCUCCUCCAAGGGCAGGGCGAGGUGAGCUGCAAACGAAUCUGUGAAUCCACCAAGGGUCUUUGGGUUGUUCGCUGCGUUGCAUUUCGGGUUUUCUUCUCCAUCGGUUUGGGUUGUCAGUCAGCAGAACUUCGUUGCAGAGAUCUUCUGGGGAAAACCCAUUAUCGGUUUCACGAAUCUGUGAGUUAGGGAGGGUUGAUUUGAAGAGAUUUCUUUUCACUAUCAACCCGAUUUCUUAAAUAAUACCAUAAGGAUCUUAUGUUUCAAUUUCGUUUUAUAUAGAUUUCUGUACAAGUAGAAAGACUACCCCCGCCUUUGAUCCCCAAAAACUUUGUUUCCUAAAUUGUGGUUCCUUUAGAUCUCCAACAAAAUGACUGAACCAACAUCACAGACACCUUUGAUGACACCAUCGUCUUCUCGAAAGCUUCCUGAUUUCAAAAAAUCCAUAAAACUGAAGUAUGUAAAGCUUGGGUACCAUUACCUCAUCACCCAUGGAAUGUUCCUCUUUCUAUCCCCUCUUGUGGUCCUCAUCGCAGCCCAGCUCUCCACAUUCUCAAUGCAAGACAUCCUUGAUAUCUGGGACCAUCUUCGAUUCAACCUUGUUUCUGUGAUCCUCUGCUCUACCCUGCUUGUUUUCCUCUCUACUCUCUACUUCCUCACCCGACCUCGACCGGUCUACCUUGUGAAUUUCUCUUGUUACAAGCCAGAAGAUGCUCGGAAAUGCACAAGGCAGCUCUUUAUGGAGCAAACAAUGUCAACGGGAACGUUUACUCAGGAGAACCUUGAGUUCCAACGUAAGAUCCUUGAAAGAUCAGGUCUUGGCCAAUCAACUUAUCUCCCUGAGGCUGUUCUCAGAAAUCCCCCGAACCCAUCCAUGACUUUGGCUAGAAAAGAAGCGGAGGCUGUGAUGUUUGGUGCCCUGGAUCAGCUCUUAGAAAAGACUAAACUGAAGCCGAAAGACAUUGGUAUCUUGAUUGUCAAUUGUAGCUUAUUCAAUCCAACUCCUUCUCUGUCUGCAAUGGUGAUCAACCAUUACAAGCUCAGAGGGAACAUAAUUAGCUACAAUCUUGGUGGGAUGGGUUGCAGUGCUGGUUUGAUAUCCAUUGACCUUGCAAAAGAUCUUCUUCAAGUCCACCCCAAUUCGUAUGCUUUGGUAAUCAGCAUGGAGAACAUCACAUUAAACUGGUACGUCGGGAAUGACCGAUCUAUGCUUGUUUCGAAUUGCUUGUUCCGAAUGGGAGGGGCUGCAAUCUUGCUCUCAAACAAGAGAUCCGACCGAAGAAGAUCCAAAUACCAAUUGGUCAAUACAGUCCGUACCCACAAAGGUGCCGAUGAUAAGUGUUUCUCUUGUGUUACCCAGGAAGAGGAUUCGACCGGGAGAGUUGGAGUCUCUCUGUCAAAGGAUCUCAUGGCAGUUGCAGGGGAUGCUCUGAAGACCAACAUCACCACACUAGGCCCUCUUGUUCUGCCAAUGUCUGAACAGUUUCUUUUCUUUGGUACAUUGGUUGGGAGGAAGCUCCUCAAGAUGAAGAUCAAGCCCUACAUCCCAGACUUCAAAUUGGCCUUCGAGCAUUUCUGCAUCCAUGCAGGAGGAAGAGCUGUAUUGGAUGAACUGGAGAAGAACUUGCAGCUCACUGACUGGCAUAUGGAGCCAUCUAGGAUGACUCUAUACCGAUUUGGUAACACCUCUAGCAGCUCUCUUUGGUAUGAAUUAGCCUAUUCAGAGGCCAAGGGUAGGAUGAAGAGGGGUGAUAGAACAUGGCAGAUAGCCUUCGGUUCUGGGUUCAAGUGUAACAGUGCAGUCUGGAAGGCUCUGAGGACAAUAAACCCAGCAAAGGAGAAGAACCCAUGGAUGGAUGAGAUAGAUCAGUUUCCUGUGAUUGUUCCGAAGGUUGCCCAUGUGUAGAAUGCAAAUUGGUUGUUCCCCAGUCAAUUUGUUGUGGUACUGUUGUGGUGGGUGCUUGGAUGUUUCAGUGAUGAAUUCCUUUUUCUUCUUUUUAAUCUCUUCUUUUGGUUGUGUACUACUUAGUUAGCUUCAGUUGUAGAUGAAGAGAAGUUAAUUCAGUUGAGUUUGGCAGGUAAA